CAAGAACCUGUGUCUCAUUUCCCCCAACUUCUUGCUUCCCGAACCCAUUAGAUACCACCGCCCUUAUAGAUAUCAGCGAUACUAUCUCUUACAUCCACGACAAAAUGGAUCAGUCUCUCGACGUCUCAAAGCUCAGCGAUACCGACAAGAAGGAACUGAGCCAACACCUUCAAAACGAAUCCCAAAAAGCUGCGAUCCAGCAAAACGUCCAUCACCUCGCAGACACCUGCUGGAAGAAGUGCAUCACCUCGAAGAUUACAUCUGGCCGCCUGGAUAAGAAUGAAGAAGCAUGUGCAUCAAACUGUGUUGAUCGGUGGAUGGACACAAACCUUGCUGUAUUGAAGCACUUGGAGACUCUCCAGAGGCAAUAAAUAUAUAAUUUCCACCUGGGUACAGUAUGUGCGGCGGUCUAAAUGGGUGGAUGAUGGAGUAAAUGGCCCGAUACCUACGAGUAUACUUACCGUUACGUGACUCGAAUUAUAUCAAUGUCUUCUAUUACGAUUUGAUAGACUUGGGCAGUGGACUGUUCGGUGGGCGAGUGCCGGAUAAAAUAUGUACUAUAUCAAUGGAGCGAUCCUUCGUAAUUAUACCAAAUUCCCCUCUGCCAGUUGCAUAUUUCGCAAGAAACAGAGCCCCCAUUAUUUC